AUGACAUCUCAGAUUAUUCAUGAUAUUGCAACGAAGGGCUUUGAUGACGCUCAGUCUUAUGACGCGCACCGGCCCUCUUACCCCCCUGCUGCUGUCGCCAGUCUUCUGGGGCGUCUCGGUCUUGAGGGUCAAUCUGGACACCAUAUCCUAGACCUGGCAGCUGGCACUGGCAAGUUCACUGAGCUUCUGUCUGCCAGGCCGGAAGGGUAUAAAAUCAUUGCCGUAGAGCCACUGGACUCGAUGAGAAACACUCUUGUUGCCAAGAAACUCCCCAGAGUGGACGUUCGGCCAGGUACGGCAGCUGAAAUGAAGGACGUGGGAGACGGAUGGGCAGACGGCUGCAUUGUGGCUCAGGCAUUUCACUGGUUUGCCACAGAGGAGUGCCUUAAGGAGAUACACCGGGUGCUCAAACCUGGGGCCAAACUGGGGUUGAUCUGGAAUGCCGAAGAAUAUAAUCGCCCCGAGAGCUGGCCAGCCUCUACAAAGUGGGAACAGGAGCUCAGCGAGCUCAACUUCAACGAAAAGGCGGACAACGAGCCUCGUUUCCGACACUUGCUGUGGACAAAAGUCUUCGAACGUCAAGCCGAGGCAGAGAAGCCAUUCUUUUCCACGCCCAUCGAGACCGAAAAAAUCACAUGGUCGAUUUGGUUGACCCCUGAUGCUUUGUGGGAUAGAUUCGAUACACUUAGCUGGAACAAGCUUCGGCAAGGGGAGGAGCGUCGACUAUUUAGAGAGAAGUUCGACAAGAUCAUCAAGGAGGGCGAUGCUACGUUCAAUGAGAACGGUGAGGUUGAGCUUCACGGGUGCACUUUCUUUGUCUGGACGUCACGUUUGGAUGGCCCAGAGUGA